UUCAUGAUCGCAAUUAUGCCGGGGUUACAAGCAAGCAUGUGCAUUCUUUUCAGAGCUUCUGAAGGUGGUGGAUUCAACUGGCACCCAAAAGGCAAAUAAGCACACAAUUUUAAUUUAAGAUGCCAUGAUUGGCCUACCCACGAUUAUACAAAUCAGACAGAAACUUGCUACUACCAACAUGCCAUGGUUGUUCUUCCGUCUUCACACACACACAAGGUACCCUAGCCUAGACACGGAUAGGCGGAUGAGAGGCGAUCGCGGGGCCGCUCGUGAGGGCGUUCAGGGUUCAACGGCGGAACCGCCGGCUUGCGCUGGUGAUCGGUGGCGGGUGGGGGGCAGAUUCUGGGCGUUGGCGACUGAUGACGAGGAGGACGCAGAAGACGAUGGGGCGGAACCGCCGGUGGAGUCGCCGCCGUCACCUUCACCUUCCGAUCUGAUCUGCGAGUUCUUUAAUUCCGGGUACUCCGAAGAGGAAGUGGCAACUACGGUGGAUCGGGUUGUACCUCCGGAGGAUCUGGCUCGUGCGGGGCUGCAGGCCGGCGACAAGGUUGAGAUAAUCCGUCGAAUAGUUCAUCGGAAGACGUCGGCUUCGGCGCUUCGGCCAUGGAAAGGUCCAAUACCCAAGGUUAUCUUCAGAGCCACGACACUUAUCCGUUCCUGGUCGCUACUCACUCCGACGGAGGCCAGGGAGCGUUUGGUUACUGGUGCUAUCCGAUGGGAGACGGUAGCACGGGAUAUCUUCAGCCGGUUUGGAUGGCGGUCAUGUAAUAGGAUAGGCAAUUAGUUUACCUGUCUUUUGUUCAGCCAACCGGUUGUGGUUUAUCCUUUGUUGGGCUAGCUUAUGUAUCUAGCCUUUGGGCUCUGUGUGAGCCUUGUCGUUUGUUUUUUAGUUUGCUACUACUGAGACUUUGAUACCUUGUGGAUGUUUUAUUUUCAAUAAGAUGGCCGUAUGCAUCGUGCUGAUGCUGAGGCCGGGGA